AUCCUAGCUGAAGGAUCUCUCUCUACAAAGAGAGAUAAAACAUCAUCAUGAGAGUGGUUCCAGUUUUCUUGGUUUUCUUGUUUCUCUUUUAUUUUUGUGGAGCAGAGAAUGCAGCAUCUAAAGCUGAAGAAAAACAGGUUGAGCCUGUCCAGCCAGUUGAGCAAGAAAACUACUUGAUAGAAGAAUGUUUAAGUAACCAAUACACACACAAGUCCUGUAAGAAAGUUUUUUGUAACCCAUGGGAACGAUGUGUGGAGGGAAAAUGCCUUUGUAAACUUCCCUACCAGUGCCCAAAGAACGGCACUUCAGUGUGUUCUACCAAUGGAAAGCAGUUCCGAAAUUACUGUCAGCUAAAGAGCUAUGAGUGUCAACAUCCUGCAGCAAGGUUUCUGAACGAGGGAAACUGCGUGUCUGGAGAAACAUUUGAAAUCUCUUUGGGCCAUGCAAAUUCAAGUUUGCUUCGAGUAAAACCUGUGAAUCACAAGGAGGACUUUUUUGUAUGUAAUAGUGAGUGGACUAUGAAUGAAGCAAAUGUGGCCUGCAGGCACCUUGGCUUUGAGUCAGGUGCUGAAUCUUACCAAUCCAAUUCCAACAUCACAAAAUCUGCCUUACAUUCAUUACAGUGUCUUCAAAUAACUUGCAGAGGCCUAGAGACAAGUCUUGCUGAAUGUUAUAUAAUGGAGAAAUCAAGAGACAGCAGUGAAGGAUUUGUUAGUCUUCAGUGCCAUGAACGUGUCAGAGAUUGUUCAGCGGGUGAGUUCCAUUGCGUCAACAACAAGUGCAUUUCUUUGAAUAACACCUGUGAUGGAAUCAAUGACUGUGGAGACCUAAGUGAUGAACUAUGCUGUAAAGCAUGCAGAGGCAACAGUUUCCAUUGUAGGUCGAAUAUUUGUAUUCCAAAUAAGAAUGUCUGUAAUAAAGAUGAUGACUGCCUCACAGAAGAGGAUGAAACUCAAGCUCUCUGCGCAGAUAGAGAAAAAGAUGUUGAAAAGCACAGUAUGGAUGAAGAAAGAAAAAUGAUAAAGACACUUCUUCCUCAAAUAAACUGUGGUCUUAGAAAUCACACACUAACUCGAUGGAAAAGAAUCAUAGGUGGAGAAGUUGCAAAAAAGGGUGAAUUCCCUUGGCAAGUGGCAAUUAGAGAAAUUGGCAGUGAAGGUACAACAGUGUACUGUGGAGGGGUUUAUAUUGGUGGCUGUUGGAUUCUGACUGCUGCACACUGUGUCAGAGCAAAUCGAGUUCAUCUGUACCGGAUCUGGAUUGGGCUGUUGGAUACAAUAGAGUAUAACAAGGAGAUAGAUACUUACAGGCUAAAACAACUGAUAAUCCACGAGAACUACAAUGCUGCAACUUAUGAAAAUGACAUUGCUUUGAUGCAGCUGAAUAGUUUUGGAAAAGGAGAAUGCUCCCUAAAAUAUACCACACCUGCCUGUAUUCCCUGGUCAGAGUAUAUGUUCAAGCCUGGCGAUAAAUGCAAGGUUUCCGGAUGGGGACUAGAAAAAGGUUAUGCCAAACAAUACAUCCUAAAGUGGGGCAAUGUUAAUUUAUUUCAAAAUUGUUCUGAAUUGUAUCCAGGACGCUUUUUCCAAAAAAUGGCAUGUGCAGGUACUUAUGAUGGUUCCAUAGACAGCUGUAAAGGUGAUUCAGGAGGACCCCUGGUCUGUUUUGAUGCACAAAACGUGGCAUAUGUCUGGGGUAUUGUGAGUUGGGGUGAAAACUGCGGGGAGCCUGGUCACCCUGGUGUGUAUACAAAAGUGGCCAGCUAUUACGAUUGGAUUAGCCGUCAUGUGACAAGGAGCCUCAUAUCACGGUACAAUAUCUGAAGCUCUGAAAAGAAAUUAUUUUCUUGUCGCGACCUAUGCAAAAUUGAAGAUGAGCCCUUUGUUACAAUCAGCAGUCAUACAACUUAGCAAAUAUUAGUAGAAAUCUUUAAAGAAUAUAUUUUGAAAAUGCUUAGACCUUUAUGAAUACCAUGAUUUUGAAGGAGCCUGUGGAAAAAGAAUUCUAUAGUCACAGGAGUCCACAGCAAAGUUCUCUAAUAAAAGCAUGCUUUCUGCAGGGAAAUUAAAA